UUUAUAUUCACUUAGUAUAAGGGCUAGAACUUCAGCAGAGGCUUAUUUGGUCCUUCCAAGCGCAGCGUUCAUUAUUCUAUUGCGCAUUACAUCGCCUUCAUCAGAUUUGUUUGGUUCGUCUCUUUUUAUCUUUUCCAGGAAAUUACUGUGAUAAAGGAAACUGAAAACAUGACUGACGAUAGAAGAGUUCACCCAGAUUGUAGGAAUGCUUCGAACCCUUAUCAUGAAUGCAGCGAAUAUUGCUUCAAGUUAAUAGCGGAAAUAAAGAAGCAAAUGAGCAAAGCUGAAACAGGUGUAUUGCAAGCUAAUACUGUUGAUGUUCAUCGCUCCUCUGUUGUGAGUUCCGAUGGGGGUGAAGGUGCACCUGAUGAAAGGGAUGUUGUUGGAAGUCACAGUGAUGCAGAUGAUCAAGCUGAUGGAGAGGAUAAUAUGGGACAAGAUGCCGCGAAUCUCACAGGGAGGAAGAAGAAGUUAUUUGAAUUGAGGUUAAAAAUGAAUGAGGCAAGAAAAGCUAAUCAAUCUGCAAUGGUAGCAGAGAAGAAAAAAACAGAAGCUCCACCAGAGUCUAGGGGAAUGUCCAAGCAAAAAUGGAUUGAGGAGAGGAAGAAGAAAAUUGGAAAGUUGUUGGAUGCCAAUGGGUUAGAUAUGAGCAAGGCAUAUAUGCUAGAUACACAAGAGUCUGCAGAGGUUAAGUACAAGAAGUGGGAGAAGGAGCCUGCUCCAGCUGGUUGGGAUGUUUUUAAUCAGAAGACGCUAUACGAUGCAUACAAGAAGCGGACAAAGAAUGUUGCUGUUGAUGUAGAUGAGUACAAUAGAAUGAAGGAAGCUGACCCAGAAUUUUAUCGAGAAGCUUCUAGUCUCCAGUAUGGGAAGGCACCAAAAUUAUCAGACGACAAGAUAGAGAGGAUGGUGAAGGAGCUCAAGGACAGGGAUGAGAAGCGCCAAUCAUUUAGUCGGAGGAGAAAGUUCCAUGAAGAGAAAGACAUUGACUCUAUUAAUGAUCGUAACGAGCACUUCAAUAAAAAGAUUGAACGUGCAUUUGGAAAAUACACCUUGGAGAUCAAGAAUAACCUCGAGAGAGGAACUGCAUUACCUGAUUGAGGUAUUAACAUGUUAUGUCAAUGUGUACUUUUCUGUAUCCAAGAGCAGUCUUAUGACGAGGAUGCUCCUUGAUCUGUUGCUUUCCUGUAUCAUGAUUUCAGUGUUAUGAAUUUCUAUCUCUCAACCUGAUGCAAAUGCUUGUAAGUUCCAUUAUUUGCAAGAAACUUUUUAUUGUAGACCAGAAAAAUGUAAAUAUCUAAAAUCCUUUCCCCUCCCUAAAUGAAAAGGUUUGAAUCGGGAAAUGAUCUAUUAAGAGUAUGAGCUUUUUUUGAGA